GCUGAUGUGCCUGGACUUGUGUAUUGGGAUGGAAUGGUGGGGCACAGUGGGAAGAAUGAAUGUCGGAUCUAUUAUGGAGUACAGGGCCAAAGAAAAACUCAUAGGACUCAUUACUACCCAACACUUUUGAAGUCAACUGAUUAUUCAGUUGUCGGGAGCAACCAUCCAGAUAUUGAUGUGUUUGAAAUUCUACUCAGAGGAUCUGAUGACUAUGAAACUAACUUA